AUGGAUACAUCAAACAGAGAAAAUGAAGAGAUCAGAGUAUUAGAUUCCGAAAGCCCCAGAUCUUCAACGAGAAAUACAGAUAUCGUCCCAGAUAUCGUGCGAAAACUACUGGCAGAAGUCUCGAAUAUUCGCGACGAAAAUAAGCAGUUGAGGAAGGAGAUGGAAGGUCUAAAGGCAAAACGAAAGACGAAACUGGGCAAGAAUAUUAGUUUCGACGGUUCAUCAUAUCAAGCCUUGACCAAGAAACUUUUAACUGAAGUACGGGCAGUUUACGGCAAGAAGAAGUGGAGGAAGUCAACCAUCAAAGCUGCGGUUCAUCAGCAUUGGAGAUCCAUAAGAGAUGAUAAAACAAAGAAAGCAAACAACAGCUUUGAGAAGCACCGACGGCGAAUCAUGCGAAGCAAUCGUUUAAAGAGGGUAUAUAAGGCCAGAUUAAACUUUCUGGACAACUCGACAGUGCUGUCUGAUGGAGACAAGAAAAGGGCACGAGAAAUUCUGUCUUCCCCAGAAGCAUUACAUUAUAUGUCGUCAGAAGAAAGCUGCGAAGAAGAGGCAGUAGAAACAGGGGGUGACCCAACACCACGAAAAGUCAGAAAACUUUCAUGGGAGAGGAGCCAGCUGAGGAACAUCAAAGUGAAACUGGAUAAGGCGUAUUUUGCAGCACUAACUGAGAAGCAAUGUCGUACAACUGCACGUGUGAACCCGACUGUGAAUGAAUCAUCACGCCCUCACCCAACUAACGGCCCGCGUUGGGCUGUCCGCAGCGACUAAGUCGAGACAUUUUUUCAGCACAUUUGACAUUUUCUAUAUACUAGCUACAAAAUUUUUUUGAUGUUCAUUUGUUAACAAAAGAGUUGUAGGCAUAUUUUGC